AUGGCUAUUCCCACCACUCAAAAGGCGCUGGUGUACGACGAGCCCGGCACCAUAUCGACCAAGGUUGUUGACUUGGCAGUGCCGGACCCCGGCCCAGGUGAGGUGCUCGUUCGACUAAGCCAUUCCGGCGUGUGCCAUUCAGACUUGGGGGUCAUGACAAACUCGUGGAGUACAUUGCCGCAUCCCACGCCGGCAGGACAAGUCGGCGGGCAUGAAGGCGUUGGCAAAGUCGUCAAGCUAGGCCCGGGAGCCGAAACCGCCGGCCUGUCCGUUGGAGAUCGGGUCGGCGUCAAAUGGAUAUCCAGCGCAUGUGGUCACUGUGAGCCAUGCCAGGCCGGCUCAGACGGCCUCUGCUUUAGGCAAAAAAUCUCUGGAUACUACACGCCCGGGACGUUUCAGCAAUACGUCACAGGCCCAGCGGACUACGUGACCCGUAUUCCCGAGCAGCUCGACUCGGCCGAGGCAGCUCCCCUGCUCUGCGGAGGCAUAACCGUCUACUCUGCCCUGCGGCGAAGCCAAGCAAGAUCCGGCCAGUGGGUAGUCAUCACCGGAGCGGGAGGCGGCCUGGGUCACCUCGCCGUGCAGCUCGCCAGCCGCGGCAUGGGCCUGCGCGUCGUCGGCGUCGACCACGCGAGCAAAGCCGACCUGGUCCGUUCUUCGGGCGCCGAGCACUUUGUCGACUUUACCCAGUUCCGCAAGGACGACGACGGCGCUGGCGCCGGAAUCACCGCGCACGUCAAGAAGCUGUGCGGCGGCCUGGGCGCCCACGCCGUCAUUGCCUGCACCGCCUCGAACGAGGCGUACGCCCAGGCUCUCGGCUUUUUGCGCUUCAACGGCACCUUGGUGUGCGUGGGCUUGCCGGAGCAUGCUGCCGUUGCUAUUGCCACGGCCAGCCCUGGAGCCAUGGUUGCCAAUCAGUUCACCAUCUGCGGUUCGGCCGUGGGGAAUCGCCGGGACGCAAUCGAGACGCUGGAUUUUGCUGCCCGGGGCGUCAUCAAGAGUCACGUACGGGUGGAGAAGAUGAGCGAGUUGACAAGAGUGUUUGAGGAAAUGGACCAGGGGAAAUUGCAAGGCCGGGUGGUUCUCGAUCUCAUGUAA